AUGGUGGUGUUGUCUACCGCGAUUGUCUGUCUGGCUUCUGGGAGGCAGGCAGCAAGCCACGAGCUCAUGGCUAAUGCGGCCAUGGGGAUGGAUUCGCUUGCUGGCUGUGUGCGUGGCAUAUAUCCAACAGUGACGACACCACCAGAGCUUCCUCUCACUCACCUUUCUCAACUGAACCCUUUCAACCGCCGCUUGCAGGCAGACAGUGCUCAUCGCCACCCCAAAAUCGCCGUCGUCUUCGUGCGCGCGCCUCAAGCACCAUCCGUCACUGAUCGCUGGCUUAGCUGGAUCAAGAAGAUCUUGGGGCGGGUGUCCAAAACACGACCGCCGCCGCCGCCGCCAUCACUGCAACCACACCCUGCGCGACCUACAGUCAUCGACACGAUGCCUAUCGCUCAGCUUCUCGCGGUUCGUCGAUCUGGAUCUGUCCACUUGCCAGCACUACCGCCUCUAUCAAACCCUCACAGUGCAGUUGUCCAUCCCCAUCAGCGUCGCAGCUCGUCCGCGCCGUCGUUACUUCACCGCGCACGCGCCGGCGCUCCCCACCAGACGACGUACCCUCACCUUGAGAACUACUACAACGAAGCCCGUGCCGCGCAAGCAACGGCCGACAACAACAACACGAUGCCAGUGGCCGCUGACGUUGACGUCGCACGUGACGAGGGCGAUGACUCUGCCAUGAGUGACGACGUAUCGCGCGACGUAUUCGGACCUGAAGCGACGACGACGACGACGACGACGACUAUGACGACAACGACGGAGGAUGACGAGCGCUGCUCCCGUCACUCGUCUCCCUCAGGCCCGCCCGCUGCCAGGACGUUGCGCACGCCGAGCCCUUCUCCGUCUUCUCUUCACUCUCCUGACUCUCCGCUGGCCGCCAGCCGCGGUUUCUGGACCAAGAUGAGCGGAGUGCACGACAAGCACGGUGAUGGAGAGGAUCAUGCGGUUGCCGGCUCUCUGCCGCCACGGUCGAGUCUGCGGACGAGUCUACGGACGAGGGGCGGAGAGAGCACGCGGAGACUGCGGUACACCGAUUGCGGAAGCCCGACCCGCGCAGCGGCGGCGAGCACAGAUGGGGAAGAGGACGAUGGCAUCGGCGGAGGGGCUUGCUUGAUCGGCGAGGAAGAGGCGGCCGCGGUGUAUCCGGAGUCCUGGGCGGUCAUGGCGCAGGAGAAGGCUGCGCGGCGUCUGAAUUUCAUGGCUGUCGGCCCGCCGCAGACGCCUGCCGUGGGAACAAUUCCCUUCUCAGGCUGCCAUGAGCCGGAGCCGGGACCAUCGACUCAGAUCAGGAACCCCCGCAUCACGACGCCGAACCGACUCGCCGCAGCGACGGGCACCAGCAAGCACUUCCGAAAGACGAGCCCCGACCAAGGCGGUGCCGUCUCCCCAACCGUCCGGACUCUUCCGGCCGGCGCGCUUCCGCUUUCCGACGGCUUUCAGAUCACUCUCGGCGGCGAGCAAGACGCGGAUCCGUUCGGCGCCGCAGCGCCGGUGCGCUCGCCCGCGCUGAACGACGACUCCAACAUGGACGAGAUCGACAGCUGUGUGACCCGGCUUUGGCACCUCUAUGCCAACGGCACCGAGCACACCAAGCGCCUGUUGCUGCGCGAUCUGCGCCGCACCAUAGGCGUGCAGGAAGCACUCGGAGUACGUUCGACCGACGUCGAGUCCGACUGUUGA